AUGGUACCACCACCCAGUCCUAGGGUCACCGACACAAGAAGCUGCACAAGAUGCCUCCGUCAGACCGAGACGAACCAGGGAGCCACUGCGCUUCUUCUAGACAACAUCAAAACCCCAAUCAGGACCGAGUCAUUUCAGGAACUCUACAACGUUAUACCUGGCAAAGAGCUAGGCAGGUGAGUUGAACAUUGUAGGUAGUAAGUUAACAGGUUGGACCUUUAAAAAACAUACAGUAGGCCUAACUUUUUGUUAUUCUCUGCCUGGGUGUAUAAAUACUUAUGUUCCAACGUGGGAUACUUUGUAGAUCAUAGUGCAUGGUUGUCCUUUUUAAUCAAUGUUCAAAGUGGGUAACCUCAGGCACCAUCCAUUGGAUGUAUGAAUAUCUUGUCAUUUAUUUAUCAAGGAUGUGCGUUUUUAACAUACAUUUAGGCAUUUGACAUUUUCAUGCUAAAACAUGAGGAGUCCAUCGUUUCAAGUCAAAACUGUCAGGAUGACAUAAAUACAAUUGCAUUAAAGAUACAGUAGAUACUCAUUGCCUAGUCCCUUUCCCCAGCUGUAAGUGCAAGACUGGCAAGUGAGUCUAGCCCUUGACAUACUAAACAUAAAGAGAACUGAAGCAAGCUAUAGUACAUAGUGGCACGGGAGAUUUGUCAAUGCAAAAGUAUGAACAAAAGUGUUGAAUCUAUUCCAAAACCAUGGGCACUCAUAGAUAGGCAUACUGUUAUGUAUUCAUCAUUUGUUCAUAGUUUAUCUGGAUAUCUGAGACAAGAGACAGUAGUACAAUAUUUGCCCAUGGGUAACUUGUUCUGUUGUAAACUAGUUGGCCAAGUCCAAUACUACUGUAAGUUAAUUCCCUUAAAGGUGCACUAUGCAGAAAAUCGGUCCGCCAUUUCCCGGUUGCUAAAAUUCUAAUAGUUUGCCUAAUUUCAGUUUGUGACAAAACAAGCAAGUAUAGUGUGGAGAAUAAUUAUAUAAACUAAACCGCUGUGACAUCUUUUCCAUAACCAAAAAUAUUGUAUUUUCAGCUACACUUAUACAAAAGUAUGUGUACACGCUUCAAAUUAGUGGAUUAGGCUAUUUCAGCCACUCCUGUUGCUGACAGGUGUAUAAAAUCGAGCACACCGCCAUGUAAUCUCCAUAGACAAACAGUGGCAGUAGAACGGCUUUACUGAAGAGCUCAGUGACUUUCAAAGUGGCACCGUCAUAGGAUGCCACCUUUCCAACAAGUCAGUUCGCCAAAUUUCUGCACUGCUAGAGCUUCCCAGGUCAACUGUUAGUGCUGUUAUUGUGAAGUGAAAACAUCUAGGAGCAACAACGGCUCACCUUUUUCAAAGGUUUUCAAACAUUUCCAAGAUGGAGGAAAAUCUAUCCUGAUUGAAAAUCUGGAGUCAAUCUGAUGUAGAUGAGGAGAAGAUGAUUGCAGAUUAUUGUUUUCAUUCGCGUUACAUAUGCAAAGAAUGAGUUGUUGUUUUAGAUAUCAACUCCAAAUUCAGUGUGGUUCACUUAGGGAUGUCCAUGAUAGCGAUGACACGUUCUAAAGAGCCACUGAACACGCCGAUGGGCACUUAUGUUUUUCUGUUACUCAUUAGAAAAACGACAUUUCGGACUUGGAGGUGUGUUUCCUGACCGAUUCCAUGUUUGGUUAAUGAUGUUUGUCCCCUAUGAGACACUGUAGACACGGAAGCCUAUUUCACUUCACCAAAAUCCCCAGAAUGAAUCUAAGAUGACAAACUAAAUAUGCAAUACAUUUUGACGAGGAUGUUUUAGUUGCGCAAUUUUACACCCAAUUAAGGUGUUUGGUGCAGUAAUUCUCAAGUAAAACAUUUUGCGACGUGUUGUAUUAUGUAAACAGUCGGAGCUGCUGGGCAGGUCUGUUAUACUGUCUAUGCUAUUGGAUUGAGCGCAAUCACUGCAGCUGUUCACUCCAUGUUAGUUGGCAAAUGGACAUUGUCAAAUCAAAACCCAACCUUGAUUUACCCGUUGUGAUGCACAGAUGUUCCAAACUCAGUUUUAGACGAGACUGACUUUAUGAGCAAAAUUAUCCUAUUUACACUUUGUAGUAAAUUUUGACACUAGAAUUACUUAUAAAUAACUCAGCCAUCUCUAAACCAAUCCCUUAGCUUUUCUCGAACUAAGUUAAGAGAUGUACCAUGGGCCAACAUACUGGAUUUAUGGUUCAUGAGAAUACGUUUUUCAAAGGUUUUCAAACAUUUCCAGGAUGGAGGAAAAUCUAUCCUGAUUGACUUUAUGGGUCCUUGAGGCAGAUUUGAUUCUGCAUGAGUAAAGACUCCUACAUACAACGUUUCAACUCUCUUAUUGGUCUAUUAACUAAUUAACCGCCUGGUGAUGUCAACAGGCAGGCAAAAACUCCAUCUCAUCAAAACAGGCUGAAAUUUCAUAUAUAUAUAUAUAUAUAUAUAUAUAUAUAUAUAUAUAUAUAUAUAUAUAUAUGUAUAUGUAUGAACAAAAAUAUAAGCGCAACAUGUAAAGUGUUGGUCCCAUGUUUCAUGAGCUGAAAUAAAGGAUCCCAGAAAUGUUCCAUAUGCCCAAAAAGCUUAUUUUUCUCAAUUUUUGUGCACACAUUUGUUUACAUCCCUGUUAGUGAGCAUUUCUCCUUUGCCAAGAUAAUCCAUCCACCUGACAGGUGUGGCAUAUCAAGAAGCUGAUUAAACAGCAUGAUCAUUACACAGGUGCACCUUAUGCUGGGGACAAUAAAAGGCCACUCUAAAAUGUGCAGUUUUGUCACGUCACAACACAAUGCCACAGAUUUCUCAAGUUUUGAGGGAGUGUGCAGUUGGCAUGCUGACUCCAGGAAUGUCCACCAGAGCUGUUCAUGAAUGUUCAUUUCUCUACCAUAAGCAGCUUCAACGUCGUUUUAGAGAAUUUGGCAGUACGUGUAACCGGCCUUGCAACCGCAGACCAUGUUUAACCACGCCAGCCCAGGACCGCCACAUCCGGCUUCUUUACCUGCAGGAUCGUCUGCGAUCAGCCACCCGGACAGCUGAUGAAACUAUGGGUUUGAAUUUCUGCACAAACUGUCAGAAACUGUCUCAGGGAAGCUCAUCUGCAUGCUCAUCGUCCUCACCAGUUUCGUAACCAACUAAAGUGGGAAAAUGCUCACUUUCGAUGGCCACUGGCACGCUGGAGAACUGUGCUCUUCAGGGAUGAAUCCCGGUUUCAACUGUACCGGGCAGAUGGCGUGUAUGGCGUCGUGUGGGCGAGCGGUUUGCUGAUGUCAACGCUGUGAACAGAGUGCCCCAUGGUUGUGAUGGGGUUAUGGUAUGGGCAGGCCUAAGCUACAGAAGACGAACAUAAUUGCAUUUUAUCGAUGGCAAUUUGAAUGCACAGAGAUACCGUGAAGAGAUCCUGAGGCCCAUUGUCGUGCCAUUCAUCCGCCGCCAGCACCUCAUGUUUUAGCAUGAUAAUGCACGACCCCAUGUUGCAAGGAUCUGUACACAAUUCCUGGAAGCUGAAAAUGUCCCAGUUCUUCCAUGACCUGUAUACUCACCAGACAUGUCACCCAUUGAGCGUGUUUGGGAUGCUCUAGAUCGACGUGUACGACAGCGUGUUCCAGUUUCAGCCAAUAUCCAGCAACUUCGCAGAGUCAUUGAAAAGGAGUGGGACCACAUUCCACAGGCCACAAUCAACAGCCUGAUCGACUCUAUGCGAAGGAGAUGUUGUUCUGCAUGAGGCAAAUGGUGGUCACACCAGAUACUGACUGGUUUUCUGAUCCACGGCCACCUUUUUUAAGAUAUGUGACCAACAUAUGCAUAUCUAUAUUCCCUUUAAUUUGAAAUCCAUAGAUUAGGGCCUAAUUAAUUCAUUUCAAUAGACUGAUUUCCUUAUGAACUGUAACUAAGUAAAAUCUUUGAAAUUGUUGCAUGUUACAUUUUAUAUUUUUGUUAAGUGUACAAUGUUGUUGAUCCAUCCUCAGUUUUCUCCUAUCACAGCCAUUAAACUCUGUAAAUGUUGUAUAAUCACCAUUGGCCUCGUGGUGAAAUCCCUGAGCAGUUUCCUUCCUCUCUGGCAACUGAGUUAGGAAGGACACCUGUCUCUUUGUAGUGACUGGGUGUACUGAUACACCAUCCAAAGUGUAAUUAAUAACUUCACCCAAUGUCAUCUUUUUUUCUUUCUUUUUUUUACACCCAUCUACCAAUAUGUGCCCUUCUUUGCGAGGCAUUGCAAAACCUUCCUGUUUGAAAUUCAGUGCUCGAGUGAGGGACCUUACAGAUAAAUGUAUGUGUGGGGUACAGAGAUGAGGUGGUCAUUCAAAAAUGAUGUUAAACACUAUUGCACACCAAGUGAGGUCAAGCAACUUAUUAUGUGACUUGUUUAGCACAUUUUUACUCCUGAACUUAUUUAGGCUUGCCAUAACAAAGGGGUUGAAUACUCAAGACAUUCAGCUUUUCAUUUUUAAUAAAUUUGUAAAAAUGUCUAAACUUAAUUACACUUUGACAUUAUGGGGUUUUGUGUGUAGGCCAGUGACCAACGAUCUAAAUGUAAUCAAUUUUAAAUUCAGGCUGUAACACAACAAAAUGUGGAAAAAGUCAAGGGGUGUGAAUACUUUCUGAAAGCCUGUGUGUGUCCAGUGGAGGCUCCUCAGGGGGGGAAGGGGAGGACCAUCAGUGACUUUCAGAAAAAUGUAAAUAGUGAAAUAUUAAGUUAUCAUUUUUAGAUAAAACUAUACUAAAUAUAUUCACUUCACCAAAUAAUUGAUUAAAACACAUUUUUGCAAUUAAGGUCUACAGUAGCCUCAACAGCACUCUGGGGUAGCACCAUGGUGUAGCCGGAGGACAGCUAGUUUCUGUCCUACUCUGGGUACAUUGACUUCAAUACAAAACCUAGGAGGCUCGUGGUUCUUACCCCCUUCCAUAGACUUACACAGUAAUUAUUACAACUUCCGGAGGACGUCCUCCAACCUAUCAGAGCUCUUGCAGCGUGAACUGACAUGUUGUCCAUUCAAUCAAAUGAUUAGAGAAUCUAGUACUGAAAGCAUAAGCUACAGCUAGCUAACACUGCAGUGCAUAAAAAUGUGGUGAGUAGUUGACUCAGAGCGAGAGAGACAAUAGUUGAACAGUUUUGAACAAAUUAAUUUCUUCAAAAAUGGAGACGAGAGAGCUAGGUGUGUGUGUGUAUAUAUUAUUUGUAUUUUUUUUGCUUAGCUAGCGAAUGCAGCUAGCUAGUUUAGCCUGCUCAAACAGAUAGGGAUGCUAUGUUAGCUAGCUGGCUAUGGCUAGCCAAUACUGGAACUCUUCCAAGUCAAUUUUAAGCUUUUGGUUUAAUUAAUUUAUUGCAACUGGGUUUACUAACGUGUUAGUUCUAGUAGCUAUGCUGACUAUGAUGUUAUAAUAUGGUGACAAUGAUGUAGGCUGUGUGUAGCGGUUAGCAGUUAUGAUAUGAAGGUUUGGCAUCAGACAGCUGAUGUGUUGUGCUCUGAAUUCCACAAGCGAAGCGAAAAGGUGAGGAGAGCGCGUAGAUGCGAGAAUAAAUUAUACAACGAUCAAAGGCUGCUAUGAAAGUGAACUGUGUUUGCAUGUGAUCAGGGGUGUAGUUAUUCUGCCGAUUCUGUUAAAACAUUUCUCAAACGGGGAUAAACAUACCUGAAUUUGUCCAAUGGAAACUCUCGUUUGCAACUGUUGAACUAAUGAUUACACCCUAGAUCCUCUAGAUGCAGGCAAGAGUGUGCAAGGCAGUAUUGAAUGUGUCAAUGUCUGUCACCUUGAUUACUCAAAUUUCUCUUGACCUGUGCACCUAGCGUACAUUGUAAACUUUCAUUCAUAGGCUAGGUUUUACCAACCUCAUGAUGGGUGUAGGGAAAAUGUAUGUAUCAUGUAGUAGCCUAAACCUAUUGACGUUACAUUGAGCUGGGUGAAAUGUAAUAUGAAUGACAGUCAUCAAUAUGCUGUCAUAUAAAUAAGGCCAUGCUCAUUUUAAUAAAUAGCGUCCUCCCUCAUAUUAAACGGUACUGACCUCUGUGUGUUUGUGUGUGUCUCACAGGAAAAUCACGUUUUUGACUGCACUGGAACUUUUGAGAUUCGCAGAGCUAUGCCUCCUCUGGCUUAGACAAUCCCCCUCGACAAACACGCGCACAACCAGAUUUGUUGGAGACAGCUUGUGUCAAUUACUACAUUUCCUAGGAUUUCCUACCUGCAGCAACAAUAGUGGACAAUGAGUGACUCAAAGUGCCCCAAAACUCCUGGCCCUAGUUAUGAGUUUGAGUGAGCUCAGACCUCUUGUGAAUGAGCUGAAAGUUGAGUCUUUUUAUUUGAUAUUUUCCUGGGCCACUUUUUCCAGGUAGCCCAAUAAACACUUAGGGCUAGUGUAGUCCUGGACAUAAAAAGCACUUUCAAUGGAAAUUCUCCAUUGAACAUGUGUCUGGGGAAAGCUGCCCAUAGUCAGGUAAACCGCAAUAAAGAUCAUUCAUUUGUGGUGAGUGUGAUCCUGUUUGGGCUGAGUGGGUUUUCACCUUAACCCACCUACCUUCUGCCCUAUAAUCACUUUCUCACACGCACACAGUAUAGAGCCCAUGCACCUGUUCCCUACUAAAGACAUUAAUGGGUUUAUCAGCAGCAGCAGCAAGGGUUAACAACGUCAGCCUGGGUUAAAGGCUAGAAAGACUCCGCUUUGAAUAACUGGAUUUAGGGAUUGAGGCAUGCAUGGCACUACUCUGAACCUACUACCAUAUUUACAACUUGUAAUGAUGUUAUAGUAUUGGGCAUGGUUGAUAGCUUAGGUAAAUGGUGACUUCAUUGUCUGUUACAGUCCUUAUAUGUGGAGGUCUAUGUAUGAAGACAUAGUUUGCUGAAUCUCACUGCAUGUGAGGGUAGAGGUAGUCAUUGGAGCAUCAAGCCCAGAGCCAAAACAUGACCACUAGCCAGCCAAUAAUGCUGUAUGAGGUCAUUGAUUAACACGGCAUGGCUCCCUGUCUGGGCACUGAAGUGGGUCAUUUAAAAUCAAUGGUUGGGUGAGCUUGAAGGUCGCCUUGGUUUUACUAAUGAUUUAAUGAAGAAGGAAUGCAGGGAGAAGAAGGCAUUUUCAGUGACCAUGACAACUAUGGAUGGCUUGUCACCUUAUUGCCCGUUUCCCAACAAUUCAUUUUCACUCUUACGUCUACCUGCAUUCAGGUGUAAUGCUUCUAAUUAAGGGAGGACAAAGCAAUGUGUGAUGUAAAUUACUAUCUUGAUUAUCCACCAAAAUGCGUAAUCGCCAUCAACAAUCACUAUCAUCGUAUCACUAUAGUUGGCCUUCUCAAACGUAUUCAUUACUUUUUAGUCACACUGUAGUCCUAUGGGGCAGUUUGCUCAUCAUUAAAGCCUGUACUUCAAUAUUUGUAACGUUAAGUCCCCCAUCUGUCUCCAGGGGGAAGUUUGCCAUAGUGAAGAGAUGCAUGGAGAAGAGCACAGGGACAGAGUACGCAGCCAAGUUCCUGAGGAAGAGGAGGAAGGGUCAGGACUGCAGAGUGGACGUGCUCCAUGAGAUCGCUGUGCUGGAGCUCACCAACCCUAGCCACAGAAUUAUCAACCUGCACCAAGUCUACGAGACCCUGACAGAGAUGGUCCUGGUGCUUGAGUAGUAAGUAUUACUACAAACAGCUGCUGUUUACAUGUGUGUGUACACCUACAUGAACACCCAUUCACUGUUAACGAGUGUGUGUGUGUGUGUAGUGUACACACCUGCCGGCAUGACCUCUUCAAGCUCACUAGCGACAUCAAGCUCUAGGUCCGAUCUCCUUCAGCUUUGCUCUGCUGAGAAGAGCAGCUUGCAGAAAGUCGUCACUCGCAUUCCUAACGAUGAAUACCACAAGCCCCACUGCAGGGAAUCAGGGAGUAAGUUGGAAAAACUGCAGUAAGUUGGAAAGACCACCAGUCCCUCUGCCUGAGUAGGAGGGUAAUCCAGCUAACCCUAAACCCUGCUGUAGCUAUGCCACACUUCGCUGAGUAGAGCAGGCUAGAGGGAUGUCAGAACCCUGCUGCUUCUUGCUACCAUUAGGACCAGCUGCUCAUCUACUGACUUUGUGCACUAGAGUGACUCGUUUUUAAUUAGACCUAUGACCAUGUUGUUCAUGGCAUUCCAGACAUUGAAUAGUUUUUUUUUUUUUUAUAUAAAAAAAUAUAAUAAUAACUGCGAACUUUGCCUUGAACUUCCCUAUCGAAUUGAAACCGCAUGUGCAGUAUGUGUUCACUGGCCCAUAAUUCAUGACCAGUCCAAUCAAUGAAUGCACAAAUCUAAGAGGGGAUAUUUGAAAUACUCAUGAGAAUUGAAUACCAUCAGAGACAUGGAAUUGUGGCUAAAUAGGGUAAAUAUCAGGAUGAGUAUUCUUUUAUUUUUAUUUUAUUUAUUUAACAUUUAUUUAACCAGGUAAGCCAGUUGAGAACAAGUUAUCAUUUACAACUGCGACCUGGCCAAGAUAAAGCAAAGCAGUGCGAUUUAAAAACAACAACAGAGUUACAUAUGGGGUAAACAAAACAAAGUCAAAAAUACAACAUAAAAUACAUAUACAUUGUGUGCAAAUGUAGCAAGUUAUGGAGGUAAGGCAAUAAAUAGACCAUAGUGCAAGAUAAUUACAAUUUAGUAUUAACACUGGAAUGAUAAUGUGCAAGAGAUGAUGUGCAAAUAGAGAUACUGGGGUGCAAAUGAGCAAAAUAAAUAACAAUAUGGGGAUGAGGUAGUUGGGUGGGCUAAUUUCAGAUGGGCUGUGUACAGGUGCAGUGAUCGGUAAGGUGCUCUGACAACUGAUGCUUAAAGUUAGUGAGGGAGAUAAGAGUCUCCAGCUUCAGAGAUUUUUGCAGUUCGUUCCAGUCAUUGGCAGCAGAGAACUGGAAGGAAUGGCGGCCAAAGGAGGUGUUGGCUUUGGGGAUGACCAGUGAGAUAUACCUGCUGGAGCGCAUACUACGGGUGGGUGUUGCUAUGGUGAGCAAUGAGCUAAGAUAAGGCAGGAAUUUGCCUAGCAGUGAUUUAUAGAUGACCUGGAGCCAGUGGGUUUGGCGACGAAUAUGUAGUGAGGACCAGCCAACAAGAGCAUACAGGUCACAGUGGUGGGUAGUAUCUGGGGCUUUGGUGACAAAACGGAUGGCACUGUGAUAGACUACAUCCAAUUUGCUGAGUAGAGUGUUGGAGGCUAUUUUGUAAAUGACAUCGCCGAAGUCCAGGAUCGGUAGGAUAGUCAGUUUUACGAGGGCAUGUUUGGCAGUAUGAGUGAAGGAGGCUUUGUUGCGAAAUAGGAAGCUGAUUUCUAGAUUUAACUUUUGAUUGGAGAUGCUUAAUGUGAGUCUGGAAGGAGAGUUUACAGUCUAACCAGACACCUAGGUAUUUGUAGUUGUCCACAUACUCUAGGUCAAACCCGCCGAGAGUAGUGAUUCUAGUCGGGUGGGCUGGUGCAAGCAGCGUUCGAUUGAAGAGCAUGCAUUUAGUUUUACUUGUGUUUAAGAGCAGUUGGAGGCUACGGAAGGAGUGUUGUAUGGCAAUGAAGCUUGUUUGUGUCCAAUGAAGGGCCAGAUGUAUACAAAAUGGUGUUGUCUGCGUAGAGGUGGAUCUGAGAGUCACCAGCAGCAAGAGCGACAUCCAUUGAUACACACAGAGAAAAGAGUCGGCCCGAGAAUUGAACCCUGUGGCACCCCCAUAGAGACUGCCAUAGGUCCAGACAACAGGCCCUCCGAUUUGACACAUUGAAGUCUAUCUGAGAAGUAGUUGGUGAACCAGGCGAGGCAGUCAUUUGAGAAACCAAGGCUAUUUAGUCUGCCAAUAAGAAUGCGUUGGUUGACAGCCAAGCAGGUCGAUGAAGACUGCUGCACAGUACUGUCUAUUAUCGAUCACGGUUAUAAUAUCGUUUAGGACCUUGAGCGUGGCUGAGGUGCACCCAUGACCAGCUCGGAAAACCGGAUUGCAUAGCGGAGAAGGUACGGUGGGAUUCGAAAUGGUCGGUGAUCUGUUUGUUAACUUGGCUUUCAAAAACUUUCGAAAGGCAGGGGAGGAUGGAUACAGGUCUGUAACAGUUUGAAGAGGGGGAUGACCGCGGCAGCUUUCCAAUCUCUGGGGAUCUCAGACGUUACGAAAGAGAGGUUGAACAGGCUAGUAAUAGGGGUUGCAACAAUUUUGGCUGCUAAUUUUAGAAAGAAAGGGUCCAGGUUGUCUAGCCCAGAUGAUUUGUAGGGGUCCAGAUUUUGCAGCUCUUUCAGAACAUCUGAAUUUGUGUGAAGGAUUAGCUGGGGGGGGGGGCAUGGGCAAGUUGCAGCGGAGGGUGCAGAGCUGGUGGCCGGGGUAGUGGUAGCCAGGUGGAAAGCAUGGCCAGCUGUAGCAAAAUGCUUGUUGAAAUUCUCAAUUAUUGUAGAUUUAUCGGUGGUGAUAGUGUUUCCUAGCCUCAGUGCAGUGGGCAGCUGGGAGGAGGUGCUCUUAUUCGCCAUGGACUUUAGUGUCCCAAAACUUUUUGCAAAUUUCUGUUUGAAAAAGCUAGCCUUUGCUUUCAUAACUGCUUGUGUAUAUUGGUUCCUAACUUCCCUGAAAAGUUGCAUAUCGCGGGGGCUAUUCGAUGCUAAUGCAGUACGCCACAGGAUGUUUUUGUGCUGGUCAAGGGCAGCCAAGUCUGAGGAGAACCAGGGGCUAUAUCUGUUCUUAGUUCUGAAUUUUUUGAAUGAUUGAGAGGAAAGCACUUUUAAAGAACCAGGCAUCCUUUCUACUGACGGAAUGAGAUCGAUAUCCAUCCAGGAUACCUGGGCCAGGUCAAUUAGGAAGGCCUGCUCGCUAAAGCGUUUUAAGGAGCGUUUGACAGUGAUGAGGGGUGGUCGUUUGACCGCGGACCCGUUACGGACGCAGGCAAUAAGGCAGUGAUUGCUGAGAUCCUGGUUGAAGACAGCAGAGGUGUAUUUACAGGGUAAGUUAGUCAGGAUGAUAUCUAUGAGGGUGCCCAUGUUUACGGAUUUAGGGUUGUACCUGGUAGGUUCCUUGAUAAUUUGUGUGAGAUUGAGGGCAUCUAGUUUGGAUUGUAGGAUGGCCGGGGUGUUAAGCAUAUCCCAGUUUAGGUCACCAAGCAGUACGAACUCUGAGGAUAGAUGGGGGUCAAUCAAUUCAUAUAUGGUGUCCAGGGCGCAGCUGGGGGCUGAGGGGGGUCUGUAGCAAGCGGCAACAGUGAGAGACUUAUUUCUGGAAAGGUGGAUUUAAACUGUUUUGGCACAGACCUGGAUAGUAUGAUAGAGCUCUGCAGGCUAUCUCUACAGUAGAUUGCAACUCCACCCCCUUUGGCAGUUCUAUCUAGACGGAGAAUGUUGUAGUUGGGGAUGGACAUUUCUGAAUUUUUGGUGGCCUUCCUAAGCCAGGAUUCAGACACUGCUAGAACAUCAGGGUUGGCGGAGUGCGCUAAUGCAGUGAAUAACUCAAAUGUAGGGAGGAGGCUUCUGAUGUUAACAUGCAAAAAACCAAGGCUUUUACGGUUACAGAAGUCAACAAAUGAUAGCGCCUGGGGAGUAGGAGUGAUACUGGGGGCUGCAGGGCCUGGGUUAACCUCUACAUCAGGAGGACUAGAAUAAGGCUUUAAGAACUGGUCUUCUAGUGCGUUGGGUACAGAGAAUAAAAGGGGCAGAUUUCUGGGCGUUGUAGAAUAGAUUCAGGGCAUUAUGUACAGACAAGGAUAUGGAAGGAUAUGAGUACAGUGGAGGUAAACCUAAGCGUUGGGUAACAAUGAAAGAGAGAGCAUCACUGGAGGCACCGAUUGAGCCGGUCUCCUCGUGUAUGGAGGGUGGAACAAAGGAGCUAUUUGAGGCAGUUUGAGAGGGACUUGGGGCUUUACAGUGAAAUUGUAAAUAAGAACUAACUGGAACAGCAAUAGGCAAGGCAUAUUGACAUGGGAGAGAGUCAUAAAGCAAUCACAGGUGUUAUUCGAGAGAGCUAAGACAACAACUGGUAAUGGCGAUGAAAGUUUGGGCUGAGUAAACAGAUAAACAGGACAGGGUACUGUGUAAAGGAACAGUCCAGCAGGCAUCAGCUGUGCAGCUGAGUGAUCAUAAGGUCCAGUGAACAGCAAUAUGUGAGUCCGAGAGCAGAUCGAAUUGGUGCUACAGCACAGGCGAGCAGGAAGCACGGCUGAUUGAUUGCGUGUGCUAGCGGGCUGGGGCUAGCAGAUGGAUCUUCGUGGUCGUCGCAACGGGAAGCCUGUUGAAAUCACAGACGAUUACGUCGCAGACGAGUCGUGAUGGAUCGGCGGGGCUCCUUGUCGACACUAGGAGGUCCCGUCCGGUUGACAGAGAGGUAGAUAGCCGGGAGAUGGGCCUAACUCGAGGCUAGCUCAAGGCUAACUGGUGUUUACUGCGAGUUGUGUUGGGGCUGCUGUAUGCGUUUUCUGUGCAUCAGAUGAUUGUCAGCUGAGUAGGUCAAUGGCAGUACUCACGCUGAGAUAUUUAUAGUUCUGACCAGAUUACGUUUUGUUUGUGUUGUAUUAAUGUUUUAAUCUCUCUUUUGAAGGUGCCCAGUGAGUGAAAACUUGGCUCUCUGCCCUAUUGAGUGGUCUGUUUGCAUGAGAAAAACAAAACAGAAAUGCUCUCAAAAAGGGUCAUCAUUGUGAAUUGAGAUGAUCUCAUACUAUUUGGCUUGGUCAGAGACUUCUACAAUACAAUAGAUAAUGGGGCAUUUUCCACUUUGGUAGGAAAUGUAUGCACUCACUAAAACUGUAAAUCGCUCUGGAUAAGAGCGUCUGCUAAAUGACUACAAUGUAAAUGUAAAUAGAGCGGAACUGUAUUGAUAAUUAUCUAGGAUCUGAAUGGGGCUAGAGGUGUCAUUUGCAAUUGACACUUGGUUGUUUUUGUAGAUAUUCUGGGGACAUAGCAGUCAGAUAAAUGAGGAAGUGGGCAGGUUGUGGUAGAGGGAGGGACCCAGAGCGGUGUGGGAUCUCUAUAGUUCUGUCAGACGACACAUGAGGAGCUGGGGGGUGGCUGCUGUGCAACAGGGGGUUAAUCACCUUGGCUGCCUAGACCAGAGGAAAAACACACACACACCUCACUGCACACACACUUGCGCAAACACUCAUCAACCGCAGUACACACACUCACACUUGUUUGCACGCACUGACCUCUAUACACUCACAUGCACACGCACACACACACCUACCUACCUCACUGCUCAUACACCACCCUCAAUUUAAUUCUUGUUUUUCUGUCCUUGAAACUAGUAAACAAAUUUGAAAUUCAACCGCUUUGAACUGGGAUACCAGACUGAAAAUCAGGUCACUGACUGAGCUCUGUCUCAUUGGAGUUGGAGACCAAAUACUGGUCAUCCUCUCACAUGGCAUAUUGUGUAUAAACAGGGACAAAGAGGACAACUAAGGACACUGUUUUUUUCUAAAUUCGAAAUGUGUUUCUCAUUAAUUUCAGAAACACUGUUUUGAGUGUUUUAUUUUACUAAAACCAUUGAGUUGAAUGAACUCUAUUCUUCAGUUUGAAUUAUGGAUCGCUGAAUAAGUGUUGAUUAUGUAGAGAGACUGUUAGUAUCCUAUUUGUCUUUUUCACUACAGUGUCCUCAGGGACAUUCUCCAUCAUUCCAAUAACCUCUCACUUGCUGUCUGUGUCCAUAGUGCGGCGGGAAGGGAGAUCUUUAACCAGUGUGUUGCCGAGGGAGACGAGGCCUUCACCCAGGAGGAGGUCAAAUGGUUAAUGAGACAGAUCCUGGAGGGCGUGGCCUUCCUACACAGGAACAACAUUGUUCACCUGGACCUCAAGGUACAUAGUAUGAGGCUGUAUUUGUGAUAUCUGACUGAUUUUGUUCUCCAUUUAGCAUUACAUUGAAACAUUUUGGAAAGAAAGGUCAGAUUAAACAGUUCUCCAUAACAUCAUGACAGAAUAAACAGAGGAAACACUGAUUCAAUAUUCCUCAUUCACUGUCCCAUUGAAUGGUCUUGUCCCUCCUCUCAGCCUCAGAAUAUCCUGCUGACCAGUGCCUGUCCUCUGGGGGAUAUAAAGAUAGUGGACUUUGGCCUCUCCAGAAGGCUGUGUCAGAACCAGGAGCUUAGGGAGAUCAUGGGCACCCCAGAGUAUGUCGGUGAGUGCAAACCCCUUUUGAUUGUAUUUUUAUUGAACAUACAAAUAAAUUCUGACACAAAAACAACUUGAUGAUCACACGUCUUACUCUUGUUGGCAGCCCCAGAGAUUCUAAAUUAUGAACCAAUCAGCACAGCAACUGACAUGUGGUAAGACGAGUAAAAUCUCAACCUAUAUGUUUGUGAGUUAGCAAUGAAGGAGGUUCCAUUUUUUCUCUCCAAUGGCAACAGAUAAUUUACUAUGCUUUGUUUUGCUAAUCCAGGAGCAUAGGGGUGCUGGCCUACAUGAUGUUGACGAGGACGUCACCAUUUCUUGGAGAAGACAAGCAGGAGACCUUCCUCAACAUCUCCCAGAUCAACAUCGACUACACAGAGGAUGAACUCCAGGCCCUCUCAGCCUCAGCCAUCCACUUCAUCCAGUCACUCCUCAUCAAAGAGCCCAAGUGAGAUUUCAUCCCAAACCAUUGUUAUUAUUCACAAACUAUUAGUCUUCAGCGAUUUUGGUAGUUCCUAAAACAAGAAUCCUACUGUCACAUGACAGGGGGCCAGUAUGAAAAUGUAUGCACUCACUAACUGUAAGUCGCUCUAAAAUGUAAAUGUUUCAACUCAACUGAAGACCUUGAUAAAAGCACAACAGUGAAUUUCAUACUCUUGAUUUGAUUGAAAAUGUAACAGAAAACAAUGUGUGAUACUGAUACAUCCCUCUCCAUCUUACCUAAAGGUCUCGUGCCUCUGCUGAAGAGUGCCUGAGGCAUCACUGGCUCCAGGAGCAAGCCCAAGAGAAGACGGAAGAGAAUCUCACCAGCGAGAUCUGCCAACGGGCACACACCAAGCCUGCCCCCCCUUCCUACCCCCCCUCCCCUUCCUCAUUAUCCUCCUGUUCCUCAUCAUCCUCAGAGGAGGAAGGUCCUGUGGUAGAGGAGCUGAUGGUAGUAGCAGCCUACACCAUAGGACCGUGCCGGCCAGCGGUGCCCAACCCUGAGACUCUGUUUCCGGAUGCGAAGGCCGUUUCCAAGCGGUUCACGUUCGAGGAGCCAUUCAGCUCCCCACAGAAGACCAUCUUCUGA